AUGGACAAGGUUUCGGAUGGUAUGGUUGUGGGAGUGACGACUGAAGCCAUUGCAGGGGAAGGCAUGAUUGUCACUGCUGGUGGACUUGACAUGCAUGUGCACUGGAUCUGCCCACAGCAGAUUGAUGAUGCCAUUGCCUCUGGACUCACCACCAUGUACGGUGGAGGCACAGGCCCUGCCACUGGGACCAACGCCACCACAUGUACACCUGCACCAAGCCAGGUUGCAAUGAUGCUUCAAGCCACAGACACGUACCCCUUGAACUUUGGUUUCUCUGGCAAAGGCAACACCUCAGAUCCUACAGGACUGAAGGAAGUCAUCAAAGCUGGCGCUGCUGGCCUAAAGUUGCAUGAGGAUUGGGGCACCACACCGGCUGUGAUCGACACUGCCCUUACCUUUGCGGAUGAGAAUGACAUUGCCAUCACCAUCCACACGGACACCAUCAACGAAUCCGGCUUUGUCGAUGAUUCCAUCGCUGCCAUGAAGGGCCGAACAAUUCACACCUACCACACAGAAGGAGCUGGUGGUGGUCACGCGCCAGACAUCAUCAAGGUCUGUGGGCUUCCGAACGUAUUGCCUUCCUCCACAAAUCCAACGCGACCAUUCACUACUAACACGAUGGAGGAGCACCUAGACAUGCUGAUGGUUUGCCAUCACUUGAACAAGAACAUCCCAGAGGACGUGGCUUUCGCGGAGUCAAGGAUCCGUGGAGAGACUAUUGCUGCUGAGGCUAGUUCUACAGCUGCUAGGCGUCAUGCUGUUGAUGCAACGGCUAGGCCUGCUGCAGACUGUGAAAGCGAUUUGCAGUUGCAAAAACUCUGCUACGUUGCCAGUGCGCGUUUCUUGGCUUCGCUCUGGAUAGUCUGUGGCCACUUCGCUCCACGUCUCGAGGAAACUGCCUUUACCGUUGUCAGACAUCGAGGCAAUGCAGCUGUGAAUUUCUUUGUUCUGACGAGCGGCUUUGUGACGCACUGGGCCUAUGCUGAUCGCCUCACUUCCUGCGAUGCUGGUGAGCUUCGGCGAUUCUUUGUCCGGAGGAUGGGUCGAGUCGUCCUGACUACCUGGGUAGCGAUGCUUCUCGGGCUCAGUGUUUUGCUGGUGCAGUUGCGCGGAGACAUGCCGGAUUUGGGCCAUGUUUUGCGCUGUUUCCUUUUCUUGGAAACCUGGCGGGAUCCUAUCGACUGGUGUCCCAAUGGGCAGACCUGGACUGUGGCGGCUCUUCUUCCCAGUUGGCUUCUUUAUCCAAUGACGUUGCAAGUGAUUCUGGUUCUACGUGAAACAGGUCGUGCAGCUCUUUUCCUUGGUGCUUUCAUUCUGGUUGUCCUGUCUGUGGGACCACUGGCGGUGGUCUUCUGCCAUCAGGGGUUUUGGCUCACCAACACGCAGGGCAUUUGGAGCUACAUUUGGCCGCCUUCCCAAAUUGCAGACUUUGCUUUGGGCGCAGUUGCAGCUGACAUUGCUCGCGGAGGCAAUGGAUCUGGCAAGUUGGCGGAUGGCUGCAUGCUGCUAGUUGGACUGUGCUGCUUCCUUGUGCCGUCGUCUGGUGCUCGGGAGGGCUGGGAGCCAUUCUUUGGCCACGCCCUGGGACCUCUAUUCGCUGCCUUCUUGGCAUCUGCAGCUCCAGCUCCAGCUGGGUGCCAAAGCCUAGUAGUGCGGCUGCUGCGGCAUGAAGCUCUGGUGGCCUUGGGCGAAUUCAGCUUUGAGGUCUACUUGUUCCAAUACCCCAUACACGAGCUCUUCGUGGCAGCUGGUGACAUCUCUGGAGCCUUUAGCAUGCGCAAUCCGACGGGUGCCUACAAUAACAAUUCGUGCGGCUUUGUGAUCUUUGUCUUUUGGCUCUGGCUUUUUGCUGGCCUUUAUUGCCGCUUCAUUGAGGUGCAUCUAGUGAACUGGCUGCGACAUGUGACAGAUCCAAAGAAGGACGAGAACAACCAGAAAAACUAUGCCAAGGACUGUGUCAAGGACUACGAGGAGAUGAAAUUGCAUCUUGUGCUCAAUACAUCCAAAGACGAAAACAUGAGUCGGAUGAGCCCUUCCGAACUUGUGAUUGCUUCCCUUCCCCUCGCUGUCAAGAUCACAGAACCGAUGCGCGCCAAGAUGGGGCGGCAGACUGCCAGCAGCACUUCCCUCUUACCCGGUCUACUCUUCCCAUCUGAAGAAAACGAGAUGAAUCUCCGAGAUGAAGAGUGUUUGAAGAGUUUCGCGAAGAACUCGAAAGCAGCUAUGGGCCGUGUGGGCGAAGUCAUUUGUCGCACAUGGCAAACCGCAGCAAAGAUGAAGUCACAACGAGGGAGUCUGCCAGAAGAUACUGACAAUGACAACACUCGCAUCAAGAGGUACAUUGCCAAGUAUACCAUCAAUCCAGCUCUUGCCCAUGGCAUGGCACAUGCCAUUGGCAGCCUGGAGGUGGGCAAAUUAGCCGACAUUUGCCUGUGGAAUCCUGCGUUCUUUGGCUCCAAACCGGAAAUGGUCAUUAAGGGUGGUACCAUUGCCUGGGCACAGAUGGGUGACCCCAACGCAUCAAUCCCCACGCCACAGCCUGUGCUGAUGCGACCUAUGUUUGGCAGCUUCGGGAAAGCAGUAGGAUCUACUUGCAUGAGCUUCGUCUCCAAGGAUGCUGCGCAGGAGCCAUCUGUCCUUGAGUAUGGUCUCCAGAAGCAGAUUGAGGCAGUGAAAGGAACUCGAUCAGUGCAGAAAAAGGACAUGAUCUUGAAUGAUGCAACACCAGAAAUCAGUGUGAACCCAGAGACGUUCGAAGUCACCGCAGACGGUGAGAAGCUGACGUGUGAGCCAGUGGACUCCGUGCCUCUGGCGCGGAAAUACUUCCUCUUCUGAGGCGGCUUGGAAAGAGAAGACGUCUGCGAAACAGAUACGAGACACACCCCAGCUGAAGUCGAAACAUAUAGACGCCUUGGAAAAAAGAUGAGACCUGAUUAAACUGUGAAACCUGUGACAGUAAGAAAAAAGGAUGCAAAGAGAUUGGGACUUAGGCAACUGUAGUGACG